AUGACUGAUGACGUUGAAAACGAAGUAUGGAAAUCAAAAUAUUUGUUGAUGCAGCAUGAAUGGCGCUGCCAGCAAAAUACGAUCGGUCGAUUGGAAAUUCAGACGAUGAAACUCCAAUCCCAGCUAAAACGACAAUCUCAAUUUUGUUCAAGAACUGGGUACAUAUUAGGUUAUUGUUUGUGGAAAGCAACUCAAAUUCCAGACGUCAUCAACAUAAUUCUUAUAAAAGACAAAAUAUUAGAACUAUCUGAAAUUAUGAGCGGUGUACUCACGUCGUUUAAUGAUACAUAUCAAACAAAAAUACCUAUUACGGAUACGGAAGAAACAAGAUUUGUACUGAGCAUAAUUGGAUUGGUAGCCAAUUUGUCCACAGUGGACGCAGGUCGAAAAUUCUUUUCACAAACUAAUAGCGGAAAAAAUGUGAUUCGCCUUAUAGUUUGCAUACUAAUUCGCAUUCCAUCUCCGUCUGCAAACCAGUUGAAAAAAAUAUCGUAUUCUGCAUUAUACAACGUAAGCAAUUAUACAGUCAAAACAACAUCACAGAUUAUAAAUGCCGAAUUGGUAACUGUAAUAAAUAAUGACAUUAAAGAUGCAGCUCACACGAAUAUUGAACCCGACCUACGGUAUUAUGCACUAAAACUACUCCAGUCACUCAUUCGUAAUGUUUGUAAUAAAGCAGCAUAUGAUAUACUAUCAAAUAACAUCGAAUUGUCCCGAUUAGUAAAUUUGGCAUCCGCAGUUGACGUCGAAACCGAAAAUAUAUCAAGAAAUAUAUUGGACGCUUUCAGUAAAGCAAAAGAACAAUUUGAAACCAAAAUCCCCAUAUUGUGCGUUCAUGAUAUACCCUGCGCUAUUAUAGCCAAUAACAAACUUUUCAUAUUUCGCAAUACGGUUAAGAUAUAA